CUCUCCUUUUUAAAGAAAUAAAGAAACCCUGAAUAGUUUGAGAUUAACUUUAGUCAAGUAGGUUUCGAAAGAAAUACAAAUCGAAAGGAUGCCGCUAUAGAUAUUGUCAAAACUGAAAAUUAGAGUGACGGGUCAGGAUUGCCAAUGGGUCUGCUGACCGACCCGACUGGACAUGGGAGACCGACCCAAUUUAUUGUCAAGUACCACAACAUCAUUUGUGUGACUGUCUACUUGGUUUCGCUUGUAUGGUUCGGCCUCUUGGCACACAACAGUUUCAAUGCUGCCACCUACUUUUCGGAGAAUGCGUUACUCCCAGGGUUGGUGAAGGGGGAAUUUGAUCUUGAUGGAGAGGCCAAGGUGAUGCUGGGAGAACUGGAGCUGGAAGCUCAAAGGUUCCAGGAGUCCAUGCCUGUCUCCUGGCUCACUGCCAAGAUGACCCGUCUUAGCCUAGACACUUAUACACACAACUUCACUCUCAACUACCCCCUCGGCAAAGGCACUAAAUUUACUGGGAAGAACGUUUAUGGUAUCUUGAGAGCGCCACGGAGUGCCAGUACCGAAGCAGUUGUGGUGACAGUACCGUACCGCCCGCCAACCAGCGUACACCCCACCACUGCUCCAGGGCUGGCACUUAUGCUGGCACUGGCACAGUUUUUCCGACGUCAGAAGUACUGGGCCAAAGACAUCAUCUUCUUGGUGACUGAACAUGAACAGCUCGGUGUUCAAGCUUGGUUGGAGGCUUAUCAUGACACACCUCCCACCGGAGUGCUGGAGCACGGCUCAUUGCUGGGAAGAGGUGGGGCGAUCCAGGCAGCAUUGAACCUAGAGCUGCACGCCUCCCGGGUCGGGUACAUUGAUGUCAAGUUGUCCGGACUGAAUGGCCAAUUACCUAACCUUGACUUGGUCAACCUCGUGCAUCGCAUGUGCUCGAAAGAAGGCGUCAGGCAUACAUUCAACAACAAGGAGAAGAACAUGGACAAAGAUCCCAUGAAGGCUUGGUUGAGUUCCCUCAACACUCUAACUUCAAUGGUUCUCACUCAAGCCACCUCAACACCAGACGGGAACCAUGGUCUAUUCCACAGGUUUGGUAUUGAGGCUGUAACAUUGGAAGGGUUUGAGAAGACUGGGAAAGGCAGUCCAGCUACAAUGUAUCAACUCGGCCGUGUGCUGGAAGGUUUGCUCCGGAGCCUUAACAACCUUCUGGAGCGAUUCCAUCAGUCUUUCUUCUUCUACCUCCUCCCGGACACAGACCGCUACGUCUCCAUCGGCAUAUAUAUGCCCUGCAUGGAGCUGCUGGCUGGAGCUCUGUUCCUCAAGGCUUUCACUCUUUGGUUACUGCUCAAAUACACCCCACAGUCCGAUACCACCUUGUUGUGUGUGCCCGCCGAUAACGUGAAGGAGCAGGAGCUGAAUAUUGUGUAUGUGGGGAUCGCAAUGUUCCUGGCUCACGUUUCGGGACUGAUGCUUCUGUCCGGCAGUCCGUGGUUCACAUAUCUCACGUCUCUACCAACAGAGGAUUCUCUCUUCCUGGGCUUCCUCAUUGUUUCCAUUCUCUCCAUGUUUGUUCCUCCCAUCCUCCACUGUUUCAUUGGCAGAGAACGAAACCUUGUGCUACUCAACAUUCUCGCUCUUCUAGAGUUGGCAACACUGCUGGUGGCUGUUUCUCUUACUAACUUCUCCCUUGCAUUCAUUACCGGAGUGUUAUACCUACCUCCUGUACUGUGGAUACAUUCAAGCAACAACAGGUGGUGGAAGAAACUGAUAUGGUUGUUGUACCAUCCUCUGGUGGUCCUGGGUGGGGUGGUUCUUGUCAACUCCAUGCUCAAGUUCCCAGAAUUGUCUGGAUUGGAAGUUCUGAGCCGAGCACUGAGUGCCACGAAACACGCUCUGGUGCUCGCCUGCGUGGACCAUCUAGUCUACGGAAAUGUUGUGUUCGCCAUCGGAUUGGUAUUCAUGUUGCCGAUUUGGUUGUUGAUAUGGACAGUAUGUCUUUCUACGGACACAGAAGUUUCAGAAACAAAGAAAGAGAAGACUGACUAAUCUAAAAGUUAUCCAUGAAUUCACCAAUUACUUCACAAAGACUGCAUUGUUUUCAUACCUGUCUUUGUUAUACUGUAAACAUUAUUUCUGUUAGUUGUGUUUAGUUCUUGUUUCAAGUUCAGUGUAGUCUGUGCUUAACAUACAUGAAGUAUAAUUGCAGUGAUUUGUCUUGUCAAUAUAACGGUUGUGUUAUUUUAGUUCAUAAACAUUGUACUGUACAUUAUCAUUCCAUUUUUUACUGCUUUUGAAUGAAUUAAAAUUAUCCUUUAACCCUUUGACUAGUAAUGUUGACAGUUACAUAGCGCGUGCCACCAGAGGUGACUGAUCAUAACUAUGACUCUAAACAAUAUUUUCUGUACUCUUUCAUAAAUUUUAAUAUUUAACUUCAAUGUUUAUGCUUUCUAGCAGAGAAUAACAUAGGUCCUAUGUUUCAAAUAGGCUACUUGUUUUUCUCUGUUUGUUUUCAGUUCCUUUUAGUUAAAUUCACGGUUCCUGAUAAAAAACUCUGACACAUUUUUUAAUUUGUAACGAUAAAAAAUUACUUUUGCUUUCUACACCAGUUUAGUAUCCUACAUUAUUAUUUUAGUAAAUCCAAUAUAGCCUUAAAAAAACUCACUUUGUGGAGCACUAUUACAUUGAAAAGCUUCACCAGUCAAAGGGUUAAAUUAAAGUAUUUUGUAAAUAUUUAAGUAUUUGUUAUAUAAGUUAAAAAUCUUAAUGUGUAUUAUAAUGUACAUGUGUAGUAUUUAUUUUAAAUUUUUAAAUAGAGAUCUUUAAGCUUAUUGUACAACUAUAUCAACUGUAAAUGUAUGUUAAGUAACUUUCUUACGUAAUUAAAAAUGAAAAUUAAAGAAAUGUACACAAAUA